AUGGGCUGGAUGAUCGUGGCGGCUGCGGUUGUCGUCGCUGUGCUCGCGGCCAACGCCAGAGUCGUUUACGCAGACCGGGAGAUCUCGUGGGAGCUGGAGGCGCAACAGGCAAAGUGGAAGUCGGAGCUUCGCAACACCGAGCCAUCGUCGUGCCCGCCGGGUGACGACGACUGCGAGGGUCCGGAGGGAUCGGUCAAGUUCCUGGUAGAUGCGUCGGGCGAGCUCAAGAUCGAAUAUGAGUUUGAGACCGAGACCGGGGUGCUGGAGACCGAGACGCAGAUCCGGUUCCGCCCACAGGAGCUUAUCGAGUUUGUCGACACCGACGGCAACGGCAAGCUCUCAUCCGGCGAGUGGCGGUACAACACGACGCUUAAGGACGACGGGUGGCGUGAUCUGAUGUGCGUGGCGCCGGCGGUCGGCGCGACAAUCAAAAAGUACACCUGCGACGCGGUGCAUACCACGCUGGAUCUCACGUUCCGCUUCACGCUCACCAACGUGCCGAUUGCGCUCAACAUUACAGGCACGACGCCGGUCAACCCUGCGGUGAUGAAGGUUGACAUGCUGCUGCACAACUUCCCGUACCGGGUCUCGGGCCCGUCGCGGUUGGCUCUGGUGACGCGGGCGACGGCCAAGACGACGCAGGAGCCGCGCGACGACGACUCAGGCUCAGGCACCGAGGAGGAGGUUGUCGCGUUUGGCAAGGUUGGUGUCUUUGCUUGGGUCAAGAAGGCCAGCAACGGCAACGCGUCGGUUCCGAUCUUCUCAUCGCCGGUGGUCCUCAAGGACAACGUGGGCGACGAAGGCGAGUACGACAUUACGUUCUCAUUCGGCGCCGACAAGCCGUCGCAUCUGGUGUGGGACCCGCAGCUCGGGGCGUCGAGCAACCCGAUGGCAGGGAUCACGACGUCGGCAGCGGGCACGAGCGUGCCUACUACCUCCGUCGCCGCCGCCGUCGCCGUCGCCGCCGUGGUUGCUCUCUGCAUGGCCACGCUUGCGUAA